AUGGAGAACGACGACAGAGGGGCAAUGGAGGGCCCAACGGUCCUUGGCGAGGUUGUCCUUGUGAAGUGCCCGGCGCGAGGUUAUCCCAAGCAGCUUCACGAGCUGGCAAAUUUCAUUGGCACCCCUGACCUUUCAGCACUCAUUCAACAGUUCCUCUAUCAGCAGCUACAUCCCAAGUUGAACCUCUCACUGGCUGAAAUUGAUGCUGAUGAUUACCCUCAGUUUGAAGAUCGAGUAUCUGUGUUUCUGUCUGUGGUCACAAUGUACUAUGCCCCAAGUGAUCAAUCCGGUGUCAGCGGCAUGUACAGGGAAUGUAUCCGGUCUGUACCAUCAUGGUGA